CAUCCGGGUACUUGGCCCACAACUCCACGACGAAAUAAGCAAUGUUCGGACUUUCCGAGAAAAGAAGACCUUUUAAAAUCAGAAGGAUUGAAGACAACAAAAAGCACGGCGUUGCAGCCAAAGACGUCAAGGAAUUGCUUAAAAAAGGUUGCAAGUUAUUAGAGUUGCCACUUUCAGGUGCGCAUGUUUGUUUGUAUUCAGACGGGACAAAAGUGACAGAAGAAUACUUUGCAACUUUGCCUGACAACACAGAACUUGUUCUCCUCAGCACGGAGCAGACAUGGGGUGGAGCUGUGUGCGACAUUGCUCAUUUACUGAGAUCAGACCAACACGCCAUCAGCCUCAUUGAAGCGGCGAAGGGCCUCCUCCAUGAUGAGAAGUCUGCCAAGAGACGGAAAAUCCUAUGUGACCUUCUGCACAACCUGGAGGACAGAUCUGAGCUGGAGAGCAGAGAGGAGGAUGAAGAAUGGUUUACAGGUGUCGAGGCUCGAUUCAAGACCAAGUCUGCCUACAUGAUGUACAACUGUGAAAGCAGGAUAAGAAGCUACAUGAAAGACCUAGAUGAAGCCACAAAAGCCGUGCAGAAAGUUAAAGUUCGGGAAGAGUGCGUACAAGCCUCUAAGAGCCUCUCAGUGAUGCUCAAGUCGGACAAAUACAACUGCUGCUACUUUGACCGCUCUCAAAAGGAUAAAGAUCGCCUCUGUACAAGGGAAGGAUGGUUUACCUGCCAGGGCUCCUUUGACCAGCCAAAGUGUGCGUCGCUCCACUCCAUCAAUCCCUACGGCAGCAGAGAGAGCCGCAUCGUGUUCAGCACUUGGAAUCUGGAUCACAGGAUUGAAAAGAAGAGGACCAUCAUUCCCGCCCUUAUGGAGGCACUCCAGAAUCACAAAAGCGAGGACAUCAAUUUGACUUACUUCUACCGCCUGCUGUUCACUCGGGAUAACCUCAAGCUGGUCCACAUUGUGUGCCACAAGAAGGGAGCCCACAAUCUGCUGUGUGACCCAAACAAGAUCUUCAAAAAAGACAACAGAAAGCACCACAGCAAGAAGAUACGUUUGAAAUGAUUUUAACUUUUUUUUCUUUUCCUUUUUUUUUUUUUUUUUUUUUUUUAAAUUUGACCACAAAGUGACCUCACUCGUUUUAACUAAUUGUAUUUUCCGAACCGCUGACAGACUUCAAACCACUUGAAAUAAAUCAUAAAACACAUUUAUUUGAUCUUAGUCUUGGCACAGCGAUGAUUACUACAUGAAAUGCUGAAUUAUGAGAAUCAGUCUCCUCUGAAAAUUGCAUAGUACAAUAUGAAAACCAUUCAACAUGAAUAAGGCAUGGAUUUUUAAAACAGUAUAAAUAUAUAAAAGAGCUAUAUGAUCAGAUCAAUCUGCUCUGGACAAAUUACAAGCAAUAUUUUAGUGCAACGGCUAUGAACCUCACAAUCAAACAGACUGGAUCAGACGUUUGUCAAAGAUUUUUUUGUACUAAUAUAUUCGCAAAUGCGACAGCCAACGUCUGAGUGUGAUGAGCGGCACUGAGAAAUAUACAGAUUUAUAUCCACACACACUGUAAAAGCUGCCUAAGUAUCACAUGAAAGCAACAGUCGAUACUGAAGAGUCAUGGCAAAAGGACACUCCAAAAAUAUUAAAUGCUCUUUUUGUCUGAGUAAACUCUUGAUGUGAAUCUCUACAAUAAGAAAAGGUGCUG